ACUGAACCAGUGAGCACAGUGUGAUCACGUAGGCCCACCGAACCGCAUGGUGGAACAACCCAGACAUCUCCACAUAUACUCGAGGGAGUAGAGGAACCAAAAUUCAACGUUACAAUGCUCUAACGGUGCAUAGAACGUGCAUUACAGUGCUAUAGCUAACAAUUUGUUUACAUGAGUGAAUCAUCGUCGAUCAUCAACCAACAAGGGGAGACAAAGCUGAUCGAUUUCAACGGUCAUUUUUGAAUAAGAUUGAGCUGAAGAAUAGGUGAGAGACAUUGAUAGCAAAGGAAGAGGUGAUUUCAAAGAUGAAGUGGGCACCAGGUCCGCUAUUCAGUGAACAAGUCACUGAAUUGACACGGGUGUUUUCACAGUGGAAUGAGUGCGAACAAACUGUUGUGCUUUAUGCACUGCUGAGAGAGAUACCUGCCGUUCAGGCGAGAUUCUUGGCGCAGGCUGUACAGCAUUCAUUACUCUCUGUGUCCGAUCUUGAUACCCAAGAACUCAACGCUAAUAAUCCAGCUUUUAUCAAUUCCUUGCUGUCAGAGCCCACGGAUGUUGCAAUAAGUCAAUUGUUAACACAUUUGCCGCUUCUUCGUCCCGGCAAUGUGGAAUGCAAGCGUGUCUACCUGGUAGUGAUACCAGAGCUCCUAUCCCACGCCCUCCAGACUCCUCUCUACACCGAGCAAACCCAACAGCUUCUGAGUUACACGUUGAUCCAUCCAGCAAUAACAAACCAGGAACGUCGAUCUCUUUCACAGUUGAUGAAACAUCUGCAAGAGAGAAUCAGCUGUAGUCCGGCUGUUCACAGCCUCGAGGAGUACACAAGCGCUCCCAUAAGAUGGGAUCCAGCGUGGCAGAGGUUAUCAAACAAGCCUCAGCAGAGCAAACAGACCAACUUUGACUGUUUCAGAAGCUCAGGGAAUGGAUUCAGUAUGCAAUUUCACCAGCCUAUGGCAAGACACAGACGCUCUAACAGUCUCACCCCACCUGUAGCACCACCACAUCAUUUAGAAAUAGCAGAACGUACGAAUAACACGAGUAGUGCAACAAGACACAAACCAAGGAGCUUCAGUGUCUCAGGAGAUAAUUCAAGUCUGAUUGGCUUAGGUCCACUAAGUCCUCAGAGCUCUUGCACAUCAUCUGGCAGUGAGGGGCGACUAGAUGAUACCACAAGUCGAACUCUGUCAAGUGGAAUGAGGGAUGUACCUGCAUGGCUGAAGACCCUUCGUCUUCACAAGUACAGUUACCUUUUUGUUACAAUGAGUUAUGAAGAGAUGUUGGAGCUCACUGAGGAUCAAUUGGCUGAACAGGGAGUUACCAAGGGCGCUAGACACAAACUCGCUUUAUCGAUAGCUAAGCUUCAACAGCGCUACAACACGUUGAUUAAUUUGGAAAAGGAUCUCAUUCAACCAGCGAGGGAGAACAGUCAGUCCACCUCGUUCUCACAGGCUCCAUCUCUUUUGGUUUCUACGCUGGAUGAGUUGAAUACCAUUUUGGCUACUCCGCUCAAACCCAGCCAAGAGAAUGCCUUGCAGGAUAUUCCAGGGCAAUUCACUAGAGUUUUGGGAAAAUUGUGCAGCAGAUUAGCUUUGGAAAGUGUGGAUGAUGGUGUACUGUGUGGUUGUAUUAACAUUUUGGAAAAGGUGCUGCAACAUGAUUGUUUCACGCCAAAUCAGAAGGAGAAGGUGCAGCAGUGGCGCAGCCGAUUGGGCAAUCCACGACCAACACCCAAGUGGCAACAUAUUAAUUACGGCUACAACAGCAGACGAUUUGGUAAUGCCCAGUCUCAUAAUUCAACGCAUAGUAGGAAACCAAGUCUUAAUUUAUCACAUCUACACAAUAAUCAUCCUCAGAAUACUAGCUUUAUGGUGAGCGCGCAUAGGAACAGUAUUUCUACGCCAUAUUUACAGAACAAUCAUAAUCAAGGAAUGAACCAGGGUAAUCUGCGAGCAAUUCACACUAAUGAAAAACGACCCAGUCUGCAAGAGAACAGUCUCGAGUUACUUCAAAAAACCCUGCAACGUACGUACAGUGCCCCUCGUGAUCACUUCCUGAGACAGCCGAGCCCACCAUUGGAGACAACAGAUCCAGAAAUAAAUUCACGCCUCGAGUCCCUCUGUCUGCGGAUGACCGAGCAAGCCAUAGGAGGCUUUGGUGAGGCCUAAACGGUUUUUUUUACAUUUUAUUUCGUACCUUUGAUCCCGGUUACUUUUUAUGUAUAUCUCUACCAAUACAAGAAUACAAAAAUUCGUAAUGACUAUAUAGAAGAAAAUAGAGAAAAGAAAAAAAAUCUUGAUAAAAAAAUCAAAAAAAAGAAAAAAAAGCAGUAACGCACCGCGUAAUUUUUUUUUUUGUCUCUGAGGAUGAAUUUGUAAAUGAUAUUUUAAUGAAAAAAACAGGAACAAUUGUGACUGUCUAACAUAUUUAAUGAACUGACAAUUUGGCAAGCCAAAUGCUAUUAGAAAGAUAGACUCUUUCCUUCGACUAUUUACUAUGUCUUUAUGGAAAAAAAAAUAUUAUAUAUUAUAUUAUUAAUAGAAUUUAGUUGUGUGGUAGAGAAGAGAAAGAAAAAUGAAUUGAACAAAAUGAAUUUUUUUCCUCCGUGAGAAAUAAAAAGAGAUGGAAAAUAAAAAUGAAUUAACUACUGCGCGAUAAUUGCAAUAUUGUUUUAUGUUAUCCAUUUCGGGAAAUGGAAUUCUUCUGAUUUUAAACCAAUAUGCAUUAUAAAAAGGAAAAUAAUCGUGUAAUGUCUCUUUUUUUUUAAUUAACUUGACUGAUUUUUAUUUUUUAACGAUUCCGUCUGAUUAGAUACAUUGGCGAGACUCCACUUGCAUAAAUGAUUAAAAUAUAUAUAUGAAGAAUAAAAAAAGUUCUGAUGAAUUUUUGGGAGUCUCACUUACGUGACUUAAAGUUUAAGAUUUCAAUAGAUGUAAAUUCACAUUCAUUUUAUUUCAUUCUUUAUCGUACGAAGCAUCCCUCGAGAGAUGCACCUAACUCAUGAUAUUUUCAUCUAAAUGGUCUGUGUUUGUGUUUUAUUUGUAACAGUCACACAUGUGAGGAAAUAGUAAAAAGAUUCAAGUCGAUAUAUUACAUAUGUAAGAAGUGAUUGAUGAUGAAUAUCGUACUCUAGGAAAUUUUGAAAAAUAUUAUCGAGGAGUUUCUUUUAUAGUUGAAAGAAUUAGUCAUUAGAAAUAUUCGCAACUUUGCCGCUUAAUGUGGCUUAUUUAUGAGAUGAAUGCGUUGUUAUCGAGAGAUAAGGAACAUCAACUAGCUAAUGAUUCAUUUUGAUGAUGAAUGAUUUUAGAAAACAAUAUCAAGAGCUUUUUUUAUGGGAAAUGCUCUUAACUGUGUUGAUGCCUUUUUUUUGACGAGCGAUAAAAUCGUUUAUAAAGUAUCUCUCUUCGAAUUAUCCGAAUCGAUAUCGACAUUACCGAAACGAAUGCAUAAUUAGCAAUUGGAGACUUCGUAUUUGACUUGAAUCAUUUUACUCCUCACAGCUCUAAGAUAAUUAAGACUACAGUCAUUUCGAAAAUGACCUCAAGAUUUAUCUUUGUACUUGACUUUAUUUGGUUUUCCAAUAAUGAUUGAAAAUGAUCUGCAUGUUUUUUGAAGGUAUAUUGACAAGGAGCAUGAAUGCAUAAAGUCAUGUCAAAUGUAAUUGCUUAUAACAUCGAAUAUUGUGGCUUUCAAAUCGUAAGCGUAAUGAUCAUAAUGUUCAAAUUGGCUGUUGUCACAGCCAUUGAACUCCCCUUAGCUUUGCGAUAUACCUUAGUACUAUAUUUUUUCGUGCAAAAAAGGAAACAACACUUUUAAAAUUACUACAAAACAAGAUAAAUUUACUAAAUAAUGUUAAUUAAUUAAAGUGAAAAAAUAAAAAAUAACGAAAGACUGACAAUUUCGCGCGCCUCGAUAGUCGAGAGUAGGAAUAAAGUGACAAAAAAUACGGUGAAGAUUAGUUAAUUGAAUAAGUUGAGAGAAAAUCUGUGAGAAUCACAGGUUUUUAAUGAAUGAAAAUUUUCUGGCUCUUCAUUGAUUUUAUUAUGACGUAAAAAUGUGAAAUAGUGACCAUUACUACUUGACGGCGCGUGAAUGAAACAAUUGGAAGACUGCGGAAGGGAAAAAUAAACCUGUCAAAAUAAUAAUGAUUAGAGAAAGGUAUUAAUUAUAGAACAAAAUGGUAAAAAAUAAAAAAAAGGAGUACUAGUAGUAAUUUAGAUUAAUUGCCUGAUUAUCGCAUUAUUCUAUUAUAUUUAGAUCGAAUAAUCAAUGUAAGGCUACUUGGUGAUUGCUUUUAAUUUCGAGUGUCUCGUAAGCUGGCUCGAUGGAGAGUUAUGUCAAGGCAAUUUUUAAAUACCCAAGAUUAAUGAAAUAAUUUAAAUAAUGCGAAUUCCUGAAUUAAUUUUUCCUUUUUAAUUUUUAAAGAAAUUUGCUGGAUGAAAAUUGAGAUUGAAGUGGUAGAAAUUGUCAGGACGAUAUAUCUCUUUCGUUGUUCACAAGACGAUCUUGGAGGUUGUAGAUUAUAUUGAUAAUUGUCAACAGACUAAAAUUUUUCUGUAUAAUAGUCAUAAUUUUAUAUUUUAAUUGAUUCAUUUCACCACUUCAUUGUUAAAUCCAUCCGCCUAUGAUUUAAAAAAAUGAGUAAUAAUGUACGACGUACUGCAGACUAUUCACAAUGUUAAAACGGUAAUUAGUUCACAUUAUUUUUUGAUGUUUUAAAAUUGGAAAAUGUAUUACUAAGCAAAAUGUAAUUGGAAACAACAUGUUUGUCAAACCCUUUAAACUCCAAGAGAAAUAUGAUCAAAAGCUAGUCAAAUGAUA